AUGAGAGCAGCAGGUUGCGCUAGACGCAGACCGUCAUCUCUUGUGGAACAGAAUAGGAGACACAUUUCGAACACGGUGAAGGAUCAGUGGUUGUUCUUGAGGAGUCAGAUUCGCCUAAUUCAACGACUCCUCCUCAAUGUUUCCAUGGAAUCUGACAUUCAAGAGAAAUAUGAAAAUUCUCUUCACCUCAUGAUUGCACAUGGAUCUGAAUAUGCUAGGGUCUUGGAUCUCGAAAUUAAUAAAUUAACUAAUCUAGACGGUUGGAAUGAAUGGAGGAAAAAUGAAUCAAGAAAAUUGAAAAGAAUUGUUCGAAAUAGGAUUCACACUCUUCAAAAUCCAAAGAACUGCAGUUCUGUUCCCGUGUUGGCGUGUAAUUUAACCAAUCCGUCUGGAUUUGCAUCUGGAGCUCAUGACGUCCUCUGGUGUUUCAUCAAAGCGUUCAAAGAGAAAAAAAGAUUGGUACUGCAUUCCUCACAUUGGCAUUAUGCUGCACCCGGAGGAUGGGAAACUCUGUUCAAACCACUGAGUGAUUCAUGUCCCUCACACUCAACAACAGCAGAAUCGACAGUGAACCUCAAGAACGACAAUAAAGUUCGUUGGCUACUGCGCACUCUACCUGAAGAUCUUGCUCCAAAAAUGAUAUUUCUGUACGGUAAUCCACUUGCUUGGUGGUAUGGCCAGUUCUUAGCUUACCUUAUGAGGCCAAAUUUACACUUACAAUUAUCUAUUGAAAAUUUAGAAAGUAUGAUUAAUUUUUCAAGUCCAAUUGUAGGAGUUCACGUUCGGCGGACCGAUAAAGUUGGAACUGAAGCAAAAUCGCACGAUCUAGAAGAGUACAUGGAACACGUUGAGAAUUAUUUUCUCAGUCUGGAACUGGAGACUUCACAGAUCAUCCAACGAAGAGUGUUUCUUGCCACUGAUGAUCCAAACGUGCUGACAGAAUGCAGUAGAAA